AUGGGGAAGAAUUGGAAGAACAAGCUGCAUGAUGCACUAUGGGCAUACCGAACAGCUUACAAGACGCCCAUAGGCAUGUCGCCAUACCAGCUGGUAUAUGGAAAAACAUGCCAUCUACCUGUGGAGUUGGAGUUCAGAGCCCAUUGGGCCAUCAAGAAGUGGAAUAUGGACCUCCACCUAGCUGGAAGGAAGAGACAAAUGCAAAUAUCUGAGCUAGAGGAAUGGAGAGAAAAAGCAUACCACAGCUCCAAGAUCUACAAAGAAAGAACAAAGAGGUGGCAUGACAAGAGAAUCAAACACAAAGUGUUCAAACCAGGAGAUAAGGUUUUCAUGUUCAAUUCAAGGGUGAAACUCUUCGGUCAUGGAAAACUUCGUAGUAAAUGGGAAGGGCCAUUCAAGGUGAUCGAGACCUCUUCACAUGGUGCCAUCACGCUCCAAAGUGAUGACGGUAAUAUAUUCAAGAUAUAG